GGCUGGCAGGCGGGCAGUCGCAAUGGUUCAAUCUGUCUGUCGAUGGGUCGAGCGGGGUCGUGCGUUCGUAUGUAUUGUACGUAGGUAUGUAGCGGCGGGUGUGGCUUGGUGGUCCUGGAGGUUCUCGAGGUAGAGUAGAGGUAGCGGGCUGGUGCAAGCGUUUGCAGUAAGGCGAUCAGGACUGUUCAGCUGGUGGUGGUCGGCCGUCUUUGUACCUGCGGGUGAUUUCAGGACGGCGUUGACCCGGUGAUGUGCAGAGCUGAUGCGUUGUCUGACAUGUGCUGUGCUGUCAGGGUGACGCGGGAUGCUGCUGAUGGCGGGCCUGUGUCUGGACCGAGACCACCCCCGCCCUGCCCGCCAACCGCCGUCGCGCGCGCCGCGCCCCCGCAAACGGUUCGCGGCCUCUUCCUUUCCCGCUUCCGGCCCGCCAAUCCACAGCAUCAAUCAUAUCUGAUCUUUUUUUUUUUAAGCUGUAGCUGUCUUUUUAUUCCAAAGAAAAUUAAAACUACAACACAGCUACGCUACAGCGCUGAGAGUUCGCUUCCACUGAAAAGAAUGGUAACUGGCUUGCGCAUCCCCCGACCCCUCAUAUUUCCCCCAAACAUUUGCCCCCAGUUCGCCACCUCCUCUUCCUCCACUCCAAUUUCUCAGUCUUCUUCCGCCUCACUCUUCAGUGAUCAGAUGAGGCUCCGUCGGGAAGCUGCAACACGAGGGAUCAUUCGGCGACGAGUUGCAAUCGCAAGCGCUUUCACCCGAGCUUCCACCCGUGCUAUCGACACCAGUACCCGCCUUGCACCUAUACAAAGUGACAGUGCUCUCGGGGAAGAUUACUUUCGAGCUGGGCGAAGUCGUUGUGCACUCUUGCACCUUCCUCCAAUCCUGCCAAUCGUUCUCUUCCAUACUCCUCCUUCACAUCCCGAUUAUCGACGUACUUCACAUGGCACCUGUCGCAAUCUAUAUCAACAUAUUGAAAGACGGGGUCCUCGUAGUACGUGCAGUCCUGUUGGUAAUCGACGUAGUAGGCCCGCUUGUAGGCAUUGAAGAUAAUUUCGCACUCGUAGUCCUUGUCAUCUUUUGGAGGGUACGGCGGAUGGUUUGGAGGGCCGUUUUGGGGGGGCUGCGGAGGGUAUGGAGGCUGUCCUUGCUUGAAAUAGUUCCACCAGCCCCAGGGGCCAUGGCCGAAGCCGUGACCGUGACCGUGACCGAAGGGCC